UUAGUAAUGUCAAAAUAAAAAUGGCCGCGCAUCGUGUGUUGGUGCCGCGCAGUUAUUAGUUUAGUUUUUCCAUAUUACUUGGAUGUAAAGGAACUCUAGUAGUGAUUAUAAACAUUGAACAGUGUAGUUAACCAGUUUAGUGUAUAUACAAAUAGUUUAUUCAUACAAAAUGGAAUCCGAUAGGGAUGGUAAACGUAAGAAGGACAGAAACAGUGAUGAUGAAGACAGACGGAGGGAAAAGAAGUCAAAAAGGGCACGAUCGAGAUCCAGGUCACCAGCUGAGCACCGUGAGAGGGACUCCAGAAGAAAACGAAGACAUUCCAGGUCGGUGUCACCAGAAGGGCCUGUGAAACAGGAAAAACGGUCUGACACACAACAGGAGUCCGAAGUAAAGAAAGAAAUACCACAACGUCGCGUCAAGGAAACAGAUAUGUUGAAUACACGGACAGGUGGAGCUUACAUACCUCCAGCACGUCUCAGGAUGAUGCAGGCUCAAAUAACAGACAAAUCAUCAGUAGCAUAUCAAAGGUUAGCUUGGGAGGCUUUGAAAAAGUCGAUACACGGCCACAUCAACAAAAUCAACGUCGGCAAUAUUGGUAUUAUCAUAAAAGAGUUAUUGAAAGAGAACAUAGUUCGAGGAAGAGGUUUGUUGUGCCGGUCUGUGAUACAGGCACAGGCUGCUUCUCCUACAUUCACUAAUGUGUACGCUGCACUCGUUGCCGCCGUCAACUCCCGCUUCCCUAACAUCGGAGAGUUGCUUCUAAAGAGGUUGAUGAUCCAAUUCAAAAGAGGUUUCAAGCGUAAUGAUAAACCUAUUUGUAUAUCUUCAGCUUCAUUCAUAGCUCACUUGGUAAACCAGAGAGUAGCACAUGAGAUACUUGCAUUAGAGUUGCUAACUUUACUGGUAGAGACUCCUACUGAUGAUUCAGUUGAAGUGGCCAUUGCUUUCCUGAAGGAAUGUGGACAGAAACUGACUGAAGUGUCUUCCAAGGGUGUGAAUGCAAUAUUUGAAAUGUUAAGGAAUAUUCUUCAUGAAGGCCAACUGGAUAAGAGGGUACAGUACAUGAUAGAAGUCAUGUUCCAAGUGUGGAAGGAUGGGUUCAAAGACCAUCCGGCUCUUAUUGAGGAGUUGGAGCUGGUGCCGGAGGAGGAGCAGUUCACUCACCUCAUGAUGCUGGAUGAAGCCACAGACCCACAGGAUAUCCUGAAUGUUUUCAAGUUUGAUGACAAGUAUGAAGAAAAUGAACAAAAGUAUAAAACACUGAGCAAAGAGAUUCUCGGCUCUGAUGCUGAGUCUGGAGAGGAGGAUGGUUCUGGUGAGAGUGGCAGUGAGGAAUCAGAGGAAGAUGAAGAUGAAGAGGGACAAAAGCCAGUCACUAUUAUUGAUAACACGGAAACAAACCUUGUAGCUCUACGUAGGACUAUAUACCUGACUAUCAACUCUAGUUUAGACUUCGAGGAGUGUGCCCAUAAGCUGAUGAAGAUGCAACUGAAGCCGGGCCAAGAAGUGGAGCUCUGUCACAUGUUCCUGGACUGCUGUGCAGAGCAGAGGACUUAUGAGAAGUUUUAUGGACUCCUAGCACAACGGUUUUGUAACAUAAAUAGGAUAUACAUUGGUCCUUUCGAGGAAAUAUUCAAAGAUUCCUAUGGAACAGCCCACAGAUUGGACACAAAUAGGCUAAGGAAUGUAAGCAAGUUCUUUGCACAUUUAUUGUUUACGGAUUCAAUCAGUUGGGAGGUAUUGGAAUGUGUGAAGCUAAAUGAGGAGGACACAACCAGUUCUAGUCGUAUUUAUAUCAAGAUUUUGUUCCAAGAAUUGGCAGAGUAUAUGGGACUGAAGAAACUGAACGAUCGCCUCAAGGACCCGACCCUGCAGACUGCAUUCUCAGGUAUCUUUCCUCGUGAUAACCCCAAGAAUACGAGGUUCUCCAUCAACUUCUUCACUUCCAUUGGUCUCGGUGGCUUGACGGAUGAGCUGAGAGAGCAUUUGAAACAACUGCCUAAGAAUGUGCCCGCACCAAUACCAGAUAUAACACUGGGCAGUGACUCCAGCUCAGAUUCCAGUUCCGACUCGUCUAGUUCCAGUAGCUCCGACUCCUCGUCAUCCAGUGACAGUUCCAGUGAAUCCGAGUCAGAGAAAACCAGUAAAAAGAAGAAAGAAAAGAAGUCUAAAAAGGAUAAAGGCAAAGAUAAAGCACCUAAAACGCCUGAACCGGAACCCGAACCCCCUGUUGAAAGGUGGGGACAUGAUGGUUUUUACGACACCUACGGAAAAGAUGCUAAGAGAAUGGAAAAUAGAAAUAAUCGUCAAGAUAGAGAUAACUUCACGAGACCCCGGGACGCUAGGAGAAAUGAUGAUAGAAUGGAUAGUAGAAAUGGAGAUAAUAGAAGAGAUCAGAGAAGGAGGUAUGAUGGGAAUGAACAAAAUGAUCGCGACAGCAGGCGUCACGAGGAUAGAAGCGAGAGUGAGGAUGAUAGGAGACCAAAUCACGAGCGGUACUGGAACACUGAAAGGCCACGAGAUGAAGGCCGAAGUCGUAGGGACGAUGACAGACAAAAUGGUGACAACAGGGAUCGUAGCGACGAUGACAGAAAUCGCAAAGACGAUGAGAGGUCACAACAAGAGAAAAAACGAAGCCGGAGAGAUGAUAGAGAACGUCAAAUUGAAGAGAGAGACCGUGGUGCUGAUAAGAGAAGCAAGGAUGAUGAUAGGACACAAAGGGAUGAUAGAAAAGAGCGCAGAGAUGAAGAUCAAAGGGUACAAAAUGAAGAAAGAAACCGCAAAAAUGACAGGCAACAAAGGGACGAGGCCAAAAAUCGCAGGGACGAUGGUGAAGAGAGAAACCGCAGAGAAGAAGAAAGAGAAUCACGAAAUCGGAGAGAUGACGAUAGAGGCCGAAGAGAUAAUGAUAAGGGGCGACGAGAUGAUGACAGGAUAGAAAGAGAUGACGACAGGCAACAAAGAGAUGAAGCUAAGGCACGAAGAGAUGAUGGUAGAGAACGUAGGGAUGACGACAGACCACGUAGAGAUGACAAUAGGCCACGAAGGGAUGAUGACAAUAGGGCACGAAGAGAUGAUGAUAAUAGGGCACCAAGAGAUGACGGAAAAGGCCGAAGAGAUGAUAGUAAAAACCUCAGAGAUGAAGAUAGAGAACGUAGAGAUAAUGAGAGGGGACAAAGAAAUGACGAUAGAGGACGCAAAAAUGAUGACAGGGUGCGACGAGAUGAUGAUAGGGGACGAGAUGAUGAUAGGGGACGAAGGAAUGAAGAACGUAGGAAUAAUGACAGAGAACCUAGAGAUGACGAUAGGGAACGUAGGGACGAUGAUAGGGGACGAAGGAAUGAUGAUAGACAACGCAACGAUGACGGUAGGAGCCGAAGAAAUGAAGAUAGGGAACAAAGAAACGUCGACAAAGAAAUACCAAAUGACGACUUUAGCCGUAAAUAUGAUAGGGAACAAAGAAAUGAGAAAAAAAGUCGUAGAGAUGAAAGAGAUGAACAUAGAGGACGUCUAGACGAAGAAAGAGAACGUAGAGAGGACGAUAGAAGAUAUCAGGAUGAUGACAGACGUAGAGAGAAUGAGAGGAGUCGUAAAGAUGAUGAUAAGGGACGAAAAGAUGAUAGCAAUGAUAGAACACGAAGAGAGGAGAAAAACUACGAUGACAGAGUGCGUGGAGAUGAGGAUGAAGCUCCCAGAAAGAGUAAAAAAGACAAACAAAAUAGAGAUGAUGAGUCAAGAAGUAGAAAGAAAGAUUUAGCAGAACAAGACGAAACGAAUCUUAGAGAAGAUACACGAAAAAAGGAUAAACGUAACGAUAGACAAAAAGACAAUCGCGAUGAAGACGAAUCUAGGACUAAAAGAAAAGAUAACAGCCAAAGAUACCAAAAUGGAGACCAACAAAUUGAAGAUAAAAUUAAAAAUAUUAAAGAUGAAAAUGUAGAACAUAGAUCAAAGAAAAAAGAAAUAAAGAAGAAAGAUAAAGGUAGUAAAAGACAUGAAGACAGUAGUAGUGAAGAGGAGAUACCUGAGAAAAGAAGUAAAAAGAAGCUAUCAAAAGAUAAAAAGAAAAAGCAAGUGAGUGAGUCUGAAGAUUCCUCGUCCUCAUCAUCCUCUGAUUCUUCGUCAACAUCCUCAUCAUCCUCCAGCUCCUCAACAUCAUCAUCAGACGAUGAAAAUGAUAAGAAGGUUUCCAACAGGUACUGGGAUACUUUAGACGUCAUGUCUAAAGCUGAAUCACAGAAAAGUAAUCGCGUUAAAAAGCGGUCUUAGCGUUAAAUACUUGUGUAUGCGCAGCGGUGGAAAUGUACGAUGUUUACGCCCGAAUACCCAAACGCUACUCAAUUUUAAGUUGUACUUAAAUAUCGUGCUAUCUCUGUCAUUUUAUAAAGAAUUGAUAGUGACAGAACUACAUUUGAGAGCUUCUUAAAAUUGAGUAGCGUUUGAGUAUUCGGGCAUUAGUCUUGUUUCUCGUCAUGUGUAAAAUACAGGGUGUCAAACGGAACGCUCCCAAAUGCCUCAAACAUGAGAUGGUAAAAAAUAAGUUUUAUUUUACAAAAAAUACUGAAUUGAAUUUUUAUUUUAUGUGAUAAUAGUUGUAAUCAACUGCUUAACGCUGAUGUUGCAUGAAUAACACGGAAACAAAAAUGAUAAAAAUUUUAAACACUAAAAAAUUUUUGUAGCGUUUUUCGGGAGUGUUCCGUUUACACCUUGUUUAAUGUGAAACACGUAAUAUGGCAAGAUUUUUGUCGGGGUCAAUCUAAGUCACACAUUGUGUAUUUUCUCAUUAUUUUUACUUUCAAUACAAAUUCCUUUUCUAUUCUUAUAUGUUACUAGCAAACCUGGCGAACUCCGUUUCGCCACCAUGUCUUUUUUCCUAAUUUUUUUUUUUGCUAUAAACCUCACGGAACCCCAGACCUUUCCAACAAAUGCAAAACCAUGGAAAUCGGUUCGUGCGUUCUGGAGAACAAUAUCUUGCCAUGUUACGUGUCGGGGACUAAGUUAAAUAUGUUUGGACUGAAUUUGAAGUAGGCAAGUAGUGCAUGCUGCUGAUGCCUAUUGUAAUAAUGUAGGCUUGUGUCGCCGCCAUGAGAACUAAAGUGCACUGAUGAAUGUUAUACAUAUUUGUUGAUAAUCUUAGCAAAAUAAAUACAUAUUUUAAAAUAUA